UUAUACAUUUUACAUUUAUCCUGCCAGUAACAUUAAAAACGCUACGUAUUUUGUUUAAAUUCGCAAGAAAUUUUGUUUGAGUUUAAAGAAAUUUAAAAAAAUAAAAAAAAAAUCUAAACAAAUAAUGAAAUUAAUUUAUAUCAUUCCAAUACUAUGUUUAGUAUCUUUGGCUGCAGCUAAUAUUAGUGGGCCAUAUUUAUUUUGGGGUCAUGAAAAAGUCAUAAAUCUACAGCCCCGUGCAUUGGUUGAGGCAUCAGAAAAUGAUUUUUCAAAUUUAUUUCGUGACGUUAAGGCCAUAGUGAUAUUUGUACGUAAUAAUACAAAACGUUUAGAUGCUCAACAAUAUCCGAAGUUUAGACAAUUGGUAAAAGAUAAUGCCUGGACCUAUUUGCCACAGCAUUCAUUAACUGCCGAUCCCUUUAAUUAUAAUGCCAAUAUAGAGGUUAUUAAUUUAAGUGGUUCUGCUGAAGAAAGUGAUUCUGAAAUUGUUUCGGGUUACGCGGAUGCCUUGUCCAUUUAUGGUGAAGGUGAAGUUUUGGGUAUUCUAGCCAGUCGUGAAGAAGAAGCUCAUUUUAUUGCGAAACGUGAAGCUAAAGAGGGUGAAUUUGACGAAGGCAGAAGUACAACUUUCUCACCUCCCUUAAGUGAAGAAACCGAGGAGAGUUUUAUUUAUGUAGCUGGAGGCAAAAAAGCCAUACUCUAUGUAAACUAUGCACCCGAAUUGAAUCUCACCUCUAUGAAUGUCAGCUUUGUUCUGAAGGAACACAAUAAGGAAAUAACAUUUGACGAUCAAAGUCCCAAGGGCUAUGGACGUUUGAAUAUUAUAUUUAAAGUUGGUGAAGAGAAAUUAUUUAUGCGUUUUAAUUUCACUUUAAGUCGUGGUACCUGGUCAAUGAAGGCCGUUGAAAUUGAGUAUAGCGGUUAUAAGAAUAUUUUACCCGUUGUGGGUAAUAUGUAUAAUGUACCAUCGGCGCCGGUAGGAUUUUCAUAUCGUUGUUCAUCGCAAGACUUGUGGUUUACUAAUGGAACGGAUGUUUUAAAGAUUAGCGAUUAUCAGGUACAACCUUGGCUAAAUGGUGCCUCUGAAUUCGGUGAUGUUUACGAUUGUGUCGGCUUUACAACAGCACCCAUAUGGGCUGGCGUUUUAGUCAGUCUAUUUCUCUGUGGCAUAUUGUCCAUAGGUAUUUUAGCUCUGAUGGAUAUAAAGACACCAAAUCGUUUUGAAAGUUCUCGCAGCAAACAAUUAACAUUUACUGUGCAAGAAUAAUUCGUUCAAGGGGAAUAAGUAGUCAGAAAGUUUAAUAAACAUAACAGCAAACAAGUGAAACACAAUUUAAGAUCCAAUAUGUUUGUCCACAUGGUGGUGAGCAUUAUAAAACCUUUACUAUUAUUGGCUUUGGCCGUGCAAAUAUUUCUUAUACAAUCAUUAUUUAUUUGCAUUGUUUUAUAUAUUUAUUUAUGUUUAUUUUAUAAUAAUUAAUUAAGUUAUAUGUAAUUUAUUUAUGCUGUUAAUGUAUAUUUUAACCCCCUUAAAAAAGACAAAUGUUGCUAUUUAUAAAUUGUAAAAUGCAAAAAGAUAUUUAUGUAUGUAUGUAUACAUAGUUGCUAAUAUAAAAUCUUAAUCUUAUAGAUACAAUAAAAAUUACAUACUCAAAGUUUAAAUCUGAAACAACUAAUGAAUGUACUUCAAACUGAUAGUUGUAC